CAGUUAGGUUGGUUCGUUGCUUCCACCCCCCCUCCCCCCUCUCCCACCCACGACUCCUCGAGCCAAGCGAAGCAAACACGGCGCCCAGACCGACGGACGGAGACCAAGCCAGCAAGCCAUAGGCGGCGGAUCCCCGACCCGCCGACGGGACACAGAGAACCCUACCCACUCCCUCCAGGACCAAGAGCUCGCCGCCAGAGCAGCAGGGGGGGAGAGGAGCCGCCGGCUCGACUCCGCUCGGGCAGCCAGCAAGGCCCCUCGCGCGAUUCGGAUCCCCGCCCCGCCGACGGUUCUUGCGAUUCGCGCGCGCCGGAGAUCCGGACUCCCCUCGCACCCGCCGCGCCGCCGUACCGGGGACGGGAGGGGAGGAUCCAUGUCCCAGCCCCACAGGCGCAGCACCGGGAACGGCGGCGCGGUCUCCGGCGCGGGCGCGGGAGGGGACUACAUCAAGUCAUGGAUCAUGUGCGGCAACCUGCAGCGCGGCUUCGGCUCCCUCGUCCGCGAGCCCUGCGGCCUCAACCCGGACCCCUACUACCUCAAGGGGGGCAAAAUGCUCAGGCGAGAGAAAUGGAACACGUGUUUCGAUGCCGACGGGAAGGUCAUCGGCUUCCGUAAGGCCCUCAAAUUCAUUGUCUUAGGGGGCAUGGAUCCCUCUAUUCGAGCAGAAGUUUGGGAGUUUCUUCUUGGGUGCUAUGCCUUAAGUAGCACAACAGAGUAUAGGAGGAAACUAAGAGCCGCUCGAAGGGAGAAAUAUCAAUGUUUAGUUAGGCAAUGCAAGAGUAUGCACCCAAGCAUUGGUACAGGUGAGCUUGCGUAUGCUGUUGGCUCAAAGCUGAUGGAUGUCAGGACUAUGCCAAAAGAAAAUGACAGUAGAGAAGAAGUCAGCACAAGUCAACGAGCCUCAGAAAAUGCACCUGGCAGUACAGUAGAAAAUUCCAACUUAAAUUAUGACUCUGGUGGAGCACCACAGUCACAAAGCUGUAGCAAAUCAGCUGAAGUAGCUGGUUUCAACGCACAUAAUGAUAGCUCUGUAUAUAAUUCAUCCAAAUUUAUGGUGUCCUCCACAGUGGUGAAUAGUUGCUUGUCAGAUUCUGGGGAUUACAAUGACAUGGGUGAACCAAGAUAUGACAGUGAGACAUUCACGGAGUAUCCCUCCCUGCCUGGUACAAACUUGUUCGCAAAUGAUGGUGGGGAUGUCAAUGGGGUUGACGAAAGUCUUUGUAGUUUCUCAGUUCCUGAAGAUAGGUUAAGACAACGUGACGAACGCAUGCACAGCUUCCAAAUCAAUAAUAACAUAGAUCUCAUUAUGGAGUCCAAUUCCAGUGAUCUGUUUCGGGCUAGCAACAGCGACUCAGCCAUCUUUCACUCUGAUGCGUUCAAACAGGAUAGAUGGUUAGAUGACAUUGGCUACAACAGGGAAAUAGUAGAUUCUUUGAAGAUAUCUGAUGCGCCAGAAGCAGAUUUUGUUGACGGAACCAAAUCCGACAGUCCAGUCGCAAACAAAGACAGAGUCGCCGAGUGGCUAUGGACACUGCAUAGAAUUGUGGUCGAUGUUGUCAGAACAGAUAGCCAUCUUGAUUUCUAUGGAGAAUCAAGAAAUAUGGCGAGAAUGUCAGAUAUACUUGCAGUUUAUGCAUGGGUUGAUCCUUCCACUGGAUACUGUCAAGGUAUGAGCGAUCUGCUUUCCCCUUUUGUUGUUCUAUACGAGGAUGAUGCAGAUGCCUUUUGGUGUUUUGAGAUGCUAUUGAGAAGGAUGCGUGAAAAUUUCCAGCUCGAGGGACCGACAGGAGUUAUGAAGCAGUUGGAAGCAUUGUGGAAGAUCAUGGAAUUGACCGAUACGGAAUUAUUUGAGCAUUUAUCAGCAAUUGGUGCUGAAAGCCUCCAUUUUGCUUUCCGGAUGCUGCUAGUGCUUUUUCGUCGAGAGCUAUCUUUUGAGGAGUCGCUGAGCAUGUGGGAGAUGAUGUGGGCUGCUGAUUUUGACGAAGAUGCAAUCAGGAAUUUGGAAGCGAACUGCCUAGAACCGUUGCUACUAGAUGUGAAGAAUGAUUUGUCAUGUGAGGUCAAAGAAGAGCCCCGGGUGAACAAGUACGUGAGAAGAAAAUCCAAAAGCAGGAGAUCCCAUCGUAGAAAUGGUGAAAUCCGCGUGUCCUGCAACCCUGGAGUGAAAUCUAGUACAAGAAAUCCCCUGUGUGGCUUGUCAGGGGCUACUAUCUGGGCAAGGCAUCAACAUAUACCUCAUUUGAGUACAAAUGUCUUGACAAAGAAUGGAGACGACGAACUGCCUAUAUUCUGUGUAGCAGCAAUCUUGAUAAUCAAUCGACACAAGAUUAUUAGAGAUACUCACUCAAUAGAUGAUGCUAUCAAGAUGUUCAACGACAAUAUACUGAAAAUCAAUGUAAAAAGAUGUGUACGCCUGGCUGUCAGGCUGAGGAAGAAGUACCAGUACAAGUCACUAAAAGGAGGUUCAGAGUGAUGAAAAAAAAUAAGGAAAUUGAAGAAUUCAUGUUUCCCCUUAGAAAAAAAUCCAUAAUUAUAUUCAACCAUAAAUUUGAUCUCCAAAGGAGGACGGCGUCGGAGCAGCAGUCCUAAGCAUCUCCAGGAUUUUCUGUUGCGAGGAUAAUUGUACAUAUGAGGAUGGUAAUACUUGAAAACAGUAGUAGAUGAACCAACGCUUGAAAGGGAAAAUAAAGAAAAAGUAUCCCACAAUGUUUGAUGCUGCCAUUGUUCCUGUUGUACCAUAAUCAUGAUGAUUAAGUUAUUUAUGAAUUCUCGAGCAACCGUUAUGGCGUCCAAAAAAAGAGAGGAAUGGAUGAUGUGUAUAAAUCAGUCUGUAAUCAAUUGCGAUCGAUUCAAUAUAGAAGAAUAAUACAAAGAGCGUGGUUUCACGCAUGCA